CAUUCAUUGUGCUUUACUACACAUUCGUUGAAAAUCCAAAAUCCAUAGAUGUGAAGAAAAUUUGUGUAUUUCACAUUCAAAAUUAAGUUUGUAGAGUAUCAUAGAAACUAAUAAAUACAAAAAUAAGCACAAGUCCCUAAUUAAGUGAAAUACCAAUGAGCAAAUUCGAACUACAGCAACAGUAAUCGUGUAUCAAAACACCAUGAUUUAAUUCAUUCAUAACUGCAAAACAGAAAAAAAAUUAAUUAUUUUAACAAAACAAUAGCCACGCAUAAUAUACGAGAAGUGUUGCGAAAGGCGAACUUGAAUUGACAUUAAAUGGCCGAAGUGGUCAACAAUAGCACAAACAAACUAAAGCAACAACAACGACAGUGUCAUCAGCUGCAGAGGCAUAAACAUAAAUGUGUAAUUAGUUGAAUUACACACACACGCACACAAUAGAAAAAUAAAAUAAUUUUUAAAAAUUUAAUGUUUUUGGAAGUUAACAGGACUAUAGUAGUUGAAGUAAAUAAACAAAAAGUGCAUAAUAAAACAAAAGCAACCUGUAAAAGCGAAAAAAUUACCGCAACAAAAAAGUAGUUAAAAGCAUGAAAUUCAUUUCACAAAAUAGUAUAACUUAGCAAAUUUUGCAGUCCGAAAAACGUUGAAUAAACAUUGUUGAUCGUGUACCAAAGGCGCACGCGCCCACUAAUUUACACGUUAACAGCUAUAUAUUAUUGCGAGUGUGCGUGUGUGUGUUUAUAUAGAAAGCUGUUCGAGCACACAUUGGAUUUCCGUCUCAGCUAUAGUCAUCUGUACAAUAGCAUAAUCAGUUGCAAAAGUGACCAAUUUCAAAAUCCUUACUACGUAUUAAUUUAUGACGUUUAAAAAAAGUUAACCAAAUCAUUUUUGAAGUGAACUAUCGUGUCAUCUAGUCAAAGUGAGCAGAAUCCCAAAAUUUUUGUUUCGACAUCGACAUCGUUCCCUCACUUACGCAAAAACCUUCCACAGUCCAUUUAUCCUUACUAAAGCAUUUGAAUUAACAUUACACACGCGAUGUUUACUGGAAAAUUACAACUAAAAGUGUGUGAGGCGAUUGGUUUGCGACCAACCGACUUUCAAAAGCGCCACAAUUUGGCAUUUGGAAAAUUAGCAGAUGAUCAACCGAUCGAUCCUUAUAUUUCCAUUGAUGUUGAUGAUAAUCAUUUUGAUCGCUCGACAACGCGGCCGAAAACAUUUGAUCCAAUAUGGAAUGAACAAUUCAUACAUGAUGUGACUAAUGCAAAGAACAUUAACUUGACGGUAUUUCACGAUGCAGCACUUCCACCUGAUGACUUUGUCGCCAAUUGCCAAAUACCUUUCGAAGAUAUUAUGCAAAAUGAAGCAGGUGUGCUUGAUCUAUGGGUGAACUUAGAGCCACAGGGUAAACUACAUAUUAUAAUCGAAUUGAAGAACCGAGUUGAUUUAAUAAUAGAUUCGAAUAAAGAUGUGGUUGAAGUGGUUCAGGCGGUCACCCAAAACAAGGAAUUCAAAGAACGCGCUGGAUUCAAUCGUCGACGCGGUGCAAUGAGACGACGUGUUCAUCAGGUAAAUGGACAUAAAUUUAUGGCAACUUUUCUGCGACAGCCGACUUUUUGUUCACAUUGCCGUGAAUUUAUUUGGGGAAUUGGUAAACAAGGCUAUCAAUGUCAAGUGUGCACCUGUGUUGUACAUAAGAGAUGCCAUAGCUCCGUGGUCACCAAAUGUCCAGGCAUGCGCGAAGAGCAAAACACUAUGGAAAUGGCACCAGCUGGUCAACGUUUCAAUGUGAAUGUGCCGCAUCGCUUUUUAAUGCAUAAUUAUAAACGUUUUACUUUUUGCGAUCACUGUGGUUCACUCUUGUAUGGUCUGAUUAAACAGGGUCUACAGUGUACCCAAUGUAAUAUGAAUGUGCAUAAGCGCUGCCAAAAGAAUGUAGCCAAUACCUGUGGCAUAAAUACAAAAGAAAUGGCCGAAAUACUCAGUUCGUUGGGCAUUUCGCCGGAUAAGCAGGGGCAACCACGCCGUUCCAAGUAUUUAAAUCAACCAGGUGGUGAUGAUAAUUAUAGUUUGAGCGAUCGUAGUGAUCAGGGUACGGAAAGCAGCACUUCCACACGAAGUUCGAUGAUAUCGGAACGUUCGGUUACAAGCGCUUCGACUGCCAUGACCGGACUAAGCGCCAUUACAGGGCAAUAUUUUGAUUCUCGUCCAGGAAAGACUUCUUUGUCGGAUUUUAAUUUCAUAAAGGUAUUGGGUAAAGGCUCAUUCGGCAAAGUAAUGCUGGCCGAAAAAAAGGACACCGAAGAGAUUUAUGCGAUUAAGGUGUUGAAAAAAGAUGCCAUUAUACAAGACGACGAUGUUGAUUGCACAAUGACGGAGAAACGUAUACUAGCUUUGGCCGCCAAUCAUCCAUUUUUGACAGCAUUACACUCCUGUUUUCAGACUAAGGAUCGUCUAUUCUUCGUUAUGGAGUAUGUGAAUGGCGGUGAUUUGAUGUUUCAAAUACAGAAGGCACGCCGCUUCGAGGCCGCACGAGCUGCUUUCUAUGCCGCCGAAGUAACGUUGGCUCUCCAAUUUUUACACUCCCAUGGUGUUAUUUAUCGCGAUUUAAAACUGGAUAAUAUCCUAUUAGAUCAGGAGGGACACUGCAAAUUGGCCGAUUUCGGCAUGUGUAAGGAGGGUAUUAUGAAUGGUGUUUUAACAACCACAUUUUGUGGCACUCCUGAUUAUAUCGCGCCUGAGAUACUAAAAGAGCAAGAAUAUGGAGCGUCGGUCGAUUGGUGGGCACUCGGUGUGCUCAUGUACGAAAUGAUGGCCGGUCAACCACCGUUCGAGGCUGACAACGAGGAUGAAUUAUUCGAUUCAAUUAUGCACGACGAUGUAUUGUACCCGGUUUGGUUGUCUAGAGAAGCUGUGUCCAUUUUAAAAGGAUUCCUAACGAAAAACCCCGAAACCCGUCUUGGGUGCUCUGGUGAUGAGAACGAGAUACGUAGACAUCCAUUUUUCGGUAAAUUAGAUUGGGAUGAACUAGAAAAGCGUAAUAUUAAACCACCUUUUAGACCAAAAAUGAAAAAUCCUCGGGAUGCCACCAAUUUCGACACAGAGUUCACGAAAGAGGAACCAGUACUCACACCAGUUCCCAACGAUGUUAUACGCUGCAUUAACCAAGAUGAAUUCGCUGGAUUCUCAUUUGUCAAUCCAAAAUUUGGACCAGAGCGUAAAGUAUUUUAAGCCGGUUUUUAAUGGGCACGCGUCCGAAGGGUUAAACUUUUAUGGGAAAAGCUAAGAAACAAUGCAAAACUCUUGCACAUUCAAAAAAGCGACGAAAACUACUACUACUAUUGUGUUUGUUCUUUUUUUAUUAUGUGUACGUAUACACUCGAACAUACACACAUGUACACAGAAUGCCACAGACAGGGCCGCCAGUUGGAACAAAUUUAUUUAUUUUUUUACUUUAUUUAUUUUUAAUUUACGACGACAUUGAUUGCAUGAGAAAAGUGUAUAUGUGUGAAUACCUGUGUGCUAUAUUGUUUUACGCUGUUAAUUAAUGUGCAGCUACGAUUUUUAAAAUUGAAAUUCGCGAAAAGUGAAGUAAAAUAAAAAACAAAUAUGCUUAUAUUGUUAACGCAACAAACUCUACUCGUAGUAUUCGUUAGGCAAAAAUUAAAUCUAAUAACUAAUAACCGUAGGACAUUUUGUUGAAAAUAACAAAAACAAUACAAUAACGUGAAGGAAGCAGUGGUAGAAAAUAUGAAAACAAAUAACCAGGACAUAACUGAAAACAAACAAAAAAGAAAUUAAUACAAUUUGCUAACUUGUGUUUAGACAUUAUAAAAUAUAAAGCGUGAUACUAACAUUGUAUUAUUUUUAAAAUUACUGGCCAUCAAAGGAUUGUAAAUAAAAAUACUUCCUUUUUAAGAAUAAAGUCACAGGGUAAGCAUUAGCAAGAAGAAGCACUUUUCGUUUAGCCAACUGAAAACACCUAAGCAUAUACCAAAGAUUUUAAAAAUUGUUGCGGUUUUUCAUGCUCAUUGGCUAACGGAUACAUACUAGUAUUACUGCUAAUGUGUAGAUUGUGUAUUAUUUAAUUAGUGCUUAAAAUAAAGGGAGCAAAAAAGAGAUCACAUUUUCCAAUCCAAUUACUAACGUCAAAUAUUUUUUAUUUCCAUAAAUUUAAUCUACAAAAUUUUGUGUAACCUGUUAUAUUCUUGAAACAUUUUGCACAAGGUAUUCUUAAAAAUGUUACGCUUUAAAUUUAUAUAUAUUUUUUCAACAAAAGGAGAAGUCUAUUUUCUUCAAUAUUCAUAAACGAUUUUCGAUGACGAAUAAUGUUAAAAAUAUUAAUGAAAUCGCGUUCUAGUUCAGAUAAAUAUAAAAAUUCGCAACUAGGCACAUGUUCUUAUUGCAAGUUUGCUUAGAUACAUCCAUACAUUCAUACAUAUAUAUGUACAUAUAUGUUUGUACUUAAAUGUAUAUGUGUAUGUAUAUGUAUGAUUCGCUAACAAAUAAUGAGCAUUAGCUGCUUGCCUUGCAUUAUAACAUUGGUUACGUUUAUGCUUAUGUGUUGAUAAACAUUCAACGAAAUGCAUUUUAGUUAAUGUAAUUAUUUAUUUUACUUAUUAUUGUUAAUUGAUGUUGUUUUCAAUUCUAUAAAAUAUCGAAUGUUAAGUACCAUUCGUCAAUCUAGUCAAAAUGAGUUUAAAAACGUACGCACAAAACGUACACACAAAAACAUGCAUAAAUGAGUAGAUAAUAAUUGUUAUGUAAAUGCAUUUGAAAUACCUACAUAUUGGUUGAACAAUUUUAUUUAUAAUUUUAGUUCUUAAAAUUGCAAAGAUGAAUUUAAUUUAGUACAUUAUUAUUAUUUGUUUUUAAUUCUAAGUAUUUCCAUUGCUUUAAAAGCCAUAUGAACCAGUAGAAUUUUUUCAUUAGUAUUCUCAAUUUAUUACAACAACUUGUAUUGCAAGAAUAUAGUUUACAACCGGAAACGUGACGAACGCAAUUUGGCGAAAUAAACUGCGUAUCUCGAACAUUUACUACUCUUUCUUAUCGUAACAUUGUAAAUUUCGAAAUGAGUCUAAAAAUUCAACAAAAUAAUUAUUUGUUGCCCCAUAAGUUUACGCAUAAAUAAACGAAGAGUGUUGCAAACAGUCAAAUUUAUAUGUGUUUUAUGCUUUUAUUUCGUGCCAUGGCGAAACACUCUCCGUCAAUGAGUUUAAAAGCCUGCAAGUACUAAAGUUUUUCAUCAAAGAUAUUGUCAAAUAUUGUAUGAAAAAUAUUUAUUUGAAAAUUGUUAGGGACGACUUCUGCCUCGUUUAUUAUUUAAAAACAUUAUUUAAUCCGUAGCGAUUGUUUUUGCUUUUAUUUGUUGUUUUUACCUACAAUUUGCUUUUUAAAUAAAAGUAAGUAAUUACUUUAUAGCGGAAUAGUUGGCAGCGUUAUGUAUUUUUGUUUCAACUAUAUAUAUUUUAAUGUAGGUACGCACAAAUAUAAAAUGAAGUUGAAUUUAAAAAAAGUAUUAAAAUGAUAUUAUCAAUUGUUUGUUCUCGUUUGGUGUAUUUAUAAAAUACGGGCUAACAGUUUUAACCUAGUUUAUUUUAUAUAUUCUAAGUACAACAAAUAAAAUUAAAUAAAACUUUCAAUUUUCCUCGCUUGCAAAGUUUUUUUUAUAAGCUUUUGUUGUAAAAUGUAAUGAAAAUUAUUUAAAAUUUUGGUAUGUAUUGUAAUAAUUACAUUUGUAUAUUGUCCUAUAAUUGGAGACAGCGAAACGAAAUAGUAUCACGGAUAGCAAAUUGUAAUGCCAAUAAUAACAAUGUUAUUAAUAGUUUAAAUAAAGUUUGUGAACUGCAAAUAACUCAAUAAGUUUGCAUGAAAAAAAAAUUAGAAAAAAUAAUAUUAAAAGGUAAAAAGAAAGAAGAAAAAAAAA